AUGGAGCUGGUGUCCUCCUCCCGCUCCAUCCUACCCUCUUGCAACCGAUUGGUCGCUCCGUCCAGGACAGCUGCGAAGCGCGACGGCAAGAGGGGAUUAGUAUGUGUCUUGCGCGGCGAGCCAGGGGGAUGCAGUACCGAGCAGAAAGGUGCGGUGGAGGGGAGGAUCAGGAGGCGUGCAGCUCUUACCCUGCUGCUGGCUACACCGGCGCUGUCGGUACCGUUCUCCGCCCAUGGGAAGACCAAAGGCAUGAACCCUUACGACGAAAGGCGCUUGCUUCAACAGAACAAGAAGAUUCAGGAGGCCAACCGUGCACCUGAUGAUUUCCCAAGCUUCAUCAGAGAAGGUUUUCAGGUCAAAGUAGUGACACCUGAGAACUACAUAACUCGGGAGUCCGGAUUGAUAUAUGAAGAUGUAAAAAUUGGUACAGGCGAUUGCCCACAGGAUGGUCAGCAGGUUAUAUUUCACUAUGUGGGCUACAACGAAUCAGGACGAAGGAUAGAUAGCACCUACAUCCAGGGCUCGCCUGCCAAAAUUCGGCUAGGCAACAAAUCAUUAGUUCCAGGUUUUGAAGAGGGGAUUCGAGACAUGAAACCAGGUGGAAAAAGAAGGCUUAUUAUACCUCCUGAGCUUGGUCCUCCUGUUGGGCCAUCGACUUUCUUCAGCGCCAAGCAGUUUGAAGUAUUUGAUGUUGAGCUACUCUCGGUGGAAGACUGCCAGCGGAGGACGAUAGGGUUCUACUCUGAUGUUGUCUGCAGUUGAUCAUCUGAUCUGUUAGACCCCAACGGGUGCAGCAUUUUCUGCCUGCAACUCUGUAGGAAGAAUUGUUAGCUGCUGCUGUAAUGUCAACUUAAAAAAAGGUAAAGGGAAAAUGAAAGAGGGAGGCAGGAGAAAAAAAGCUGUUGUUCACCCGGGAAAAAAAAAGCUGUUUUACAUGCCAAUGGAGGAAGGCAGGAGACUGACACGGGUGUGUGUAUUCAUUAGUAAAUGUCCACUUUGCGACCUCCCCUCAGCUCUCACAGGCGACACUUUCCGAGGUUAACUUUGUGUAAUGUAAGACAUCUGCCUAUGUUAGGAGAACCUGGUUGGUGCUGUCAAA